GAAUAAUUUCACGAAGAGAAAUAUAGUUGUAUAUUUAAAUAGAUCAACCAUUCGUCCCUGAAUUGACCAUAGUGAAACAACAAGUAACGAUUAGAAAGACUUGAAGAACACCUUUAAAAAAUAUUUGAUUGGGACACAACGUUGCCGAAAUGAGAGUUUUAAUCGCUGCAAUUGCAAUUUGCUUGGUACAAUACGUAUCAGCAGCCUGCGAGCUGGGGUCGUACGCAUCCCACGACACCGACUGUUCUAAAUUUAAACAAUGUAAUCAUGGAAGUUGGGUGAUUAAGGACUGUCCACCACCAUUACAGUGGGACCAAUCCCUUAUGACCUGUAACUGGCCAAAUGCUGUAAACUGUGACUCUAACGAUGGCCCUCUAUCUGAUGCAUGUUCAACCUCGCCUUGUGUAAAUGGUUUAUGUUUCCUGUCCUCAACCUCUGCUUCCGGUUAUAGCUGUAUCUGUAAUGCUGGCUUUAAUGGAGAUAGAUGUGAGAAUAGUGUGGUCAACAAUAUCUGUCAGCAAUCCAACCCAUGUUUAAAUAAUGGAGCUUGUACAGCAACCAAUACAGGUUAUAUCUGCUCAUGUCCAACCUCUUACACUGGUAUCAAUUGUGAAACAUACCAGCCUACGUCUGUAAACUGUGCAUCAGGAAUCUCUGGAACUGAAUGUCAAAAUGGAGGAGUUUGUGUCUGGGACGGAAAUUUUAGAUGUUCCUGUUUAACACCAUAUACAGGUGCUCGUUGUGAGAAAAACGGAAUAACAGGCGAUGCGUGUAGUGUCAAUCCCUGUAAUAAUGGCGUGUGCAGAAUAAGUUCAACUUCCCGAGGCUAUACCUGUGAUUGUUCAGUUCCUUAUAUUGGUGACAACUGUGAAAAUUACAAUUUCUGCGCAGUAGAACCAUGUUUAAAUGGAGGACAAUGUUAUAACGAACCUAAUAACUAUCUGUGUACCUGUACUGGUGGUUAUACUGGAAAUAAUUGUCAAUUUGGAAAUUCAUGUGCUAGCAACCCAUGUGGUUCAAGAGGACUAUGUUCUGAAAGCGGUAGUUCCUAUUAUUGUGCCUGUGAUAUUGGUUACUAUGGUACUAACUGUGAAAACUCAGUCCCUACUGACUCAUGUGCAAGCAACCCAUGUGGAUCAAGAGGAACAUGUUCUGUAGCUGGAAGUUCCUAUUCAUGUACCUGUUUUAAUGGUUACUAUGGUACUAACUGUGAAAACUCAGUCCCUACUAAUCCAUGUUUGAGUGAUCCAUGUAAGAAUGGUGGAGGAUGUCAGGUCCAAGGGUCAACCUAUACAUGUAGUUGUCCAGCAGGUUAUAUUGGUACCAACUGUGAAUUCAGAAAUUCUGCAUGUGACAACAGUCCCUGUGGUAUUGGAGGUCAGUGCUCCACUAUAGGAUCAUCCUACCAAUGUAAGUGCUAUACAGGAUAUACUGGUACCAACUGUGAGGUACGAUUUGACGCUUGUUCUUUAAACCCCUGUGUAAAUGGUGCAUGCCAAGUAUCUGGAAAUUCGUACGUUUGUAACUGUAACACCGGUUAUACUGGAACUAACUGUGACAGCACUGAUAACUGCAAUCCCAAUCCCUGUGGUCUACACGGCUCCUGCACGAACACUGGUCCUAGCUUCUUUUGCAACUGUGACGACGGAUAUCUCGGAUACAGAUGCGACUUCCGUGAUUUCUGUGCCAGUGGACCGUGUCUGAAGGGAGGUCAGUGUACCAAUACUAACAAUGGAUACCGAUGUGACUGUCCCGAUGGUACGAUAGGGGAGAAUUGUGAAUUCAGUUUGACUGAUAGAUGUUUUAGCAGCCCGUGUCAGAACGGUGGAGUGUGUACCAAUGAUAUAUUCAGUGGUUACGUCUGUAGUUGUCCAACUGGAACAAGUGGAAAUAAUUGCCAAAACAAAGUAGAUUUCUGUCGAGGUCAACCAUGUGAAAAUGGCGGUAUAUGUGAGAAUGGUGUCGAUACUUUUAUCUGUAGGUGUAGGCCAGGAUUCUUUGGUAUUUUCUGUGAAUUUGAAGGAACUAUAGACUAUUGUCUGAAUCACCAGUGUCAGAAUAAUGCAUUAUGUGUAUCGGAAGAGUUGGGCUAUGCCUGUGUUUGUCAGUUUGGAUUUUCUGGAGAUUUGUGUGAAAACGGAAUAACAUCAUGUGAGAAUAACGCCUGUCUAAACGGUGCUACUUGUAUUAGUGAUGGUGAUAGACAAUAUUCCUGCAAUUGUCCUCUAGGUUUUACAGGAGAGUUCUGUGAAAGCAGUACAGACCCGUGUAAUAACAACAACUGUCAAAACGGGGGAAUCUGUAACGCCAAUCCAUUUGGAGGUUACGAUUGUCAGUGCCCUAGAGGCUAUACAGGAACUUACUGU